AUGGGCCAACAGAAUCUAACGGUGCAGACUGAAUUCAUUCUCAUGGGAGUAACAAAGAGGCAUGAACUACAUCUCCCCCUUUUUGGUGUCUUCCUCAUCAUCUACAUGAUCACAGUUGUGGGCAACCUAGGCAUGAUCAUCUUGACCAAGGUGGACUCCCACCUACACACACCUAUGUAUUUUUUUAUCAGACACCUGGCUUUCAUUGAUCUUGGUAAUUCUACUGUUAUUUACCCCAAAAUGCUAGUAAAUUUUGUUUGGGAUCAAAAUACCGUUUCCUAUUAUGAAUGUGCCAUACAGAUGGCUUUCUACAUUUUAUUCAUUAUCACUGAACUCUACAUCCUGGCGGCCAUGGGCUAUGACCGCUAUGUGGCCAUCUGUAACCCUCUGCUCUACAAUGUUAUCAUGUCCCAGAAACUUUGCCAUGUGCUCAUAGCCAUUCCAUACCUCUUCUGCGCAUUUCAGUCUCUGUUGCUCACCAGUAAGACUUUUACGUCAACUUUCUGUGGUUCUAGUGUUGUCAGUGAUUUCUUCUGUGAUUAUGUACCCUUAAUACCUUUGCUCUGCUCAAAUGCAUGGCAAAUAGAAUUGAUGAUCAUAGUGUUUGCAUCAUUUAAUUUGAUGUCUUCCCUCCUGGUAGUCCUGGUGUCCUAUAUGUUGAUUCUGAUAACCAUAUUUCGAAUGCAUUCUGCUGAGGGCAGAAAAAAAGCUUUCUCCACGUGUGGUUCUCAUCUGACAGUGGUGGUUGUGUUCUAUGGGUCUCUACUAUUUAUGUAUGUGCAGCCUGAAUCCUUUUAG